AAGAGGCGGCGGGCAAUCCAAGUAGCUGACCAAUCGCAUGAAAGCGUGACUUUUUUCAAUGUGCUCGAUGGCGUUGUCAACGCGAUCGAGAUGAUCCUGGACUCGCAGUACAGGAGAGCGGACAGCGCAGAUGAACCGAGUCGAGAGGAGAGCCUCUACUGUCAGACGCUGAGUGUGCAACUCAAGGAUGACUACUGCGCCACAUCGCGCCGAGUUUCAUCAGUGUGCCUCGCCAUACGAAGGAGCAACUCGUCGAUCAUUGGCAGAAAGGAGCUCCAUAUUCAACUCACCGAUGACGCAGACCCGUUUUUCUUCUACACGCUCACUCUCACUGAAGACGACUUCCAGAGCCUCAAGGCUCAGCAGGGUCUCCUGGUGGAUUUCCUGGCGUUCCCGCAGAAGUUCAUUGACCUGCUCGAGCUAUGCACGAAGGAUGAGCAAAAGGACAGCCCCCGGUUUGUGCUAUCACUCACGGUGCACGGCCGGAUUGGCUCGGAUCCGGCCAUCCUGGAUGUCAUUGAGGUCAAUCCUUUCAAGCACCUAGUCCACUUGUCACUCAAGCUGGCCUCUGCUCCCGACACUGUUGUCCGCAAGCACCUGAGCUCUGCCAUGCGUCAUCUGAAGGACGAGAACAGGCGGCUGGAGGCCACACUCCGAAGCUCCGAGACGGACUUUCACACCCGCCUGCGGCAGUAUCAGGAGAUGGCGACGGAGCGGUCGCGGGAGCUGGACCGUGUCCACUCCCUUCAUGCCUCCCAGCUCGCAUCGUUGCGAGAGCAGCAUGAGCGCGAGUUGGCAGCAGAGAAGGAGAAUCUGCGCAAGGCCAGUUCAGAGCAGCAGUUUCGCUCGGACUUGGAGCACCGGGAGACGGAGCAGAGGCUCAGGAAGCAGAUCCAGGUCCUGGAGGCCGACGUCUCCAUCAAGGAAACGUUGAAUAAAGACUUGCAGGAAAAGCUGACCAAGUCUGAGCAACUCUGCCGAGAGCUGUCGUUGAAGGUGACUGCGCUGGAGGCAGCCGUGGGGCAGUGCCAGCGGACGGCUGAAGUGCUUUCAAGGGAGAAAGACACCGUUGAAGCUGACAAGCAGAUCAAUGAGAAGGACGCCAGCUCCCUGAGGUCUCAGGUCGACAAGUUAGAGGCUGAGCUGUCGCAGAAGUCUCGACUUCUGGCCGAAACCAAGGAGCUCCUCGACAGCUGCGAAGAUAAGAAGCGACAGGUGGAGGCGCUCUUGGAGCAGAGGCAGGCCCAGCUUGGUCGACGAGAGGCGGCCGUCAAGACUCUCUCAGACGACAUCCUCAAGGGCAAUGAGAUCAUCAAGCGUCUUCAGGCCGAGCUCAGGGCUAACCAUGCAAAGCUGCGGCUGAGGUCAGAGGUCAUCACCAAGCAAGAAGAUGUGCUGACCGAAAAAGAGCAGCAGGUGCAGAGCCUUGUGCGCAAGCUUGAUGACCUCGAGCUGGCCAGCAAAAAGAAAGAAGCUGAGGUGGCGCAGGCGCGACAACGGGUUGAAGAAGUUGAGCAGAAGUUGGCCGAGUGUCAGAAGCAGGUCAAAACAAACGAGAAUGUGAUCCAGUGGCUGAACAAGCAGCUCAACUCGUAUCAGCUGCAGCAGGACAAACGAGGUAGUCCUGCCGGCUUGUCUUCGAGCAAACAGUUCACAAGCCCAGUAGGUCAAAGCCCUACCUACCCAACUGCACGCAACUUCGCAUUUCCUGGCACAGGUGGUGUCACGGCACCUUCGCAGCCAACUUUUCCGAAUCCUGAGCCCUGGUGUGGCACAAGAAUCUCCAGUUCUUCCCAAGCCCAUUGGGGACACCCCACUGGUCGACCCACGAUUUCUGCAGCCUCUGACGACAGACCCAACGGCAAAGAGGGUGCUUAAUCCGCUGACCACUGCAACCACUCCGGCCGGGUCGGCCGCAUUCGAUCGCCAAAGGGCGCCUGCUGCGAGCCAAGCGCCGCUCUUCCACCCGGCCACUGCCAAGACUAAGCCGUCCUGACGGCAGUAUAGCGAGAAGCGAAACAGAUUGGUUAAAUCAAAUAUCCAUUUCUGAAUGGAGAAUACUGUAAAGUUCUGUGCGCCUACGUGGAGUAGGUUCGUCCUUUAUCACCGCCGGCCCUGUUUCCGUGAGCAAGAUCGGAAUGUGCGAUGAGAUCCUGCGGUUCAGAUUUACCACAGGCAGUGGCUUCUGGCGAGAGUGGGUUUUAUUGACGUCUAGUUAUACGAAUGUAAUAUUGAAGCCAUAUCUAAUGCGAGAAUACCUGGGUUGUGUCAAUUAUUAGCAUUAGAUUUUAUAAGCGGAUAGUAACGUCCUCAGAAUGCUGAUGUUGCCGAGAAAUGUAACUUUUCGUUAUAUUUGCGUAAGAAUAACGAGGUCAUCUGCACGGUAAAUGGCACUCUUGCUAUGGCAGCCUCAUCGGGUACGACACGCCUCUGCGCAGAGCAAAGCGCCAUCUUCUUCUGUAGGUGUGGACUCGCGAUAACGAAGCACUAUGUAUUUACAACAUGAACUGCAGUGAGAAGAAACUUAAACAAGAAAAGUCUUUUCUUUCAGUUUAUGAAGAUAAUGUAUAAAUUUGUUAUUAAACGCGAAUUGUAAUUAAAGGCUGAGCCGUGU